CGCCAGAUCGAACGGACACCAGCGUCUGUCUGUCUCUCUCUCUCUCUCUCUCUCUCUCUCGCGCGCCUCGCCCCGACGAAGAAGCCCUCCGAAACUCCCGGAAUGGCUGAUUCGGACAACGACUCCGGAGGUCCCAACGACAGAAGCCAUGCUCAGAGCGGAGAGCUGUCGGCGCGUGAGCAGGACCGCUUCCUUCCGAUCGCGAACGUGAGCCGGAUCAUGAAGAAGGCGCUGCCGGCGAACGCGAAGAUAUCAAAGGACGCGAAGGAGACGGUGCAGGAGUGCGUGUCGGAGUUCAUCAGCUUCGUCACAGGAGAGGCCUCAGACAAGUGCCAGAGGGAGAAGAGGAAGACGAUCAACGGCGACGAUUUGCUAUGGGCGAUGACGACGUUGGGGUUCGAGGAGUACGUGGAGCCGCUCAAGAUUUAUUUGCAAAAGUAUCGGGAGAUGGAGGGCGAGAAGAGCACUAUGGGCGGUGGUGGCGGUGGCAGAGAGAAAGAUAGUAGUAGCGGAGGCGGCGGUGCGGCGUCUGGUGGUGGCGGAGGCGGCGGUAUCAGCUCUGGGAUAAGUGUUGGUGGGUAUAACGAGGGUUAUGGUGGAAUGGUGAUGAUGGGUCAUCAUAACCAUCAUCAGGGACACGUGAGGGGUUCUGGUGGAGGGUAUCAGCAGAACCAUAUGGCUAUGGGAGGUGGAGGGGGUAGGAAGAGUGGUGGUUCAAGUGGUGGUGGUAACGGUGGAGCUUCAGUUGUGAGGUGACUAUUCUCAUGUCAAACGCAGGUGCUUUUCUUGGUGGAGUUAAUUAAUCAGCAUGCUGAUGAUAGUUACUAAUUAGUGUUAAUCUUAAUUUAGAUGGUCAACUUUUUUUGUCUUUUAUUAUGUACAAUGUACAUGGAGAGAGAUUUUCAUGUAACAGUUUUAUCAACACUAUGACGAUCCAAACUAUUAAUGUCUAUGAACUCGUUCCAU